AUGGAUCCAUCCGGUUUGUCUGGAGGUGAUCGAGCAUCUGGUGAGCCUGCGCAAACAGAGGUCAACAUUGGCAUGAAACCUGAUUACUACUACGGUGCAGAAAGGGGUGUAAUCGAGGUCUUCAAAGAUAUUCUAGAGCCUCUUGACCAACUACUAACCCCAAAUAGAAACACAGUCCUUCAUAUUCACCUCGCAAGCCAAAAUAAAAGAUCAGAAGAUUCUUACUUUGUUGAAGAAAUUCUUACAAAGUGUCCAACACUGCUAUGGCAAGCUAAUGUCAAAGGUGAAACUCCCUUGCAUAUUGCGGCAAGGUAUGGGCACGACGCCAUUGCGGAAGUUUUAAUUAAAUGUGCAAAAAGUCCCCAACAUGACCCCGAAAGUGGGGUUAAUAAAACGGUCAAGGAGAUGUUGGAGAUGACGAAUAAUGAAAAGGAUACGGCUUUGCAUGAGGCUGUACGUAAUAAUCAUCUUGAUGUGGUGCAGCGUUUGAUCCAAGAGGGCCCAAAAUUUUCAUAUUCUCAGAAUGAAGCUGGCGAGACUCCACUUUACAUCGCUGUCGAGAGAGGAUUUAAAGAAGUGAUGUAUCAUAUUUUAGACAAAUGCAGUUCACCAACUCAUCACGAUGGUCCCCUUGGUAGAACAACGUUACAUGCUGCAGUAAUCUGGAACGAUGAUGAAAUGAUUCAGAAAAUUCUGGAAAGGAUAGCACAACAAGAACAAAGUGCUUUCAUUAAAAAAGUUGAUAAACAACGUUGGACUCCGCUUCAUUGUGCUGCAUACUUUGGACAUUGUAAUAUCGCAAGACUGUUGCUAGAAGUUGAUAGAUCAAUAGCAUACAUGAAAGAUGCAAAGGGCAUGACGGCUCUUCACAUUGCAGCUCAUCAAGGCCAUCGUUGGGUAAUGGAAUUUAUUUUAGAAGAUUGUCCCGAUUGUUGUGAACUAGUUGACGAGAGAGGUUGGAAUGCACUCCAUUUUGUUGUGAACUCAUCUAGUAGUUGUUGGGCUAAGCGUGAAGUGAAGGACAUCCUAGAGAAAUCAUCAUUUAGCAACCUUUUAAAUGAAAAGGAUGCUGACGGAAACACACCUCUCCAUCACCAUUCCAAAUCAUUGCAUUAUAUAAAGGAUGUUAUGUGUCACAAUAGAGUUGAUAAGAUGGCCUUCAACAAACAAAACUUCAACGCUUACGACAUCGCUUUAACUAGUGAAGUAUCUGCUAAAAAGUUUAUGCAGAUUACACGUGCAUAUAUUGACAAUGGUCUUCGUCCGGAAUUUCGAAGACCCUUAGAAGAUGAUAUCCUAUUAAAGGGAAAAGACUACGCAGAUAAUUGGGGACGCUUGAAAGCUUGGAAAUCCCGUAAAGACCAAUUUGUUUCUAGCAUGGAAAAAGCAUCCAAAACCCAUUUGGUAGUGGACACACUCAUUGCAACCGUGGCUUUUACAGCAGGUAUUACCAUGCCUGGAGGUUUCAGAGAUCAUGAAGGCCCACACCCAGGCUCUGCAGUUCUGAUGGGAAAUGCUGCUUUCAAAGCAUUUGUUAUUACAAAUACCUUAGCCAUGGUGCAAUCUUGUUCUGCUGCCUUUAUCCACCUAUUCAUGCCACUAUUGUUUCAUGACAAAAAUCUUAUUGGGGACUUUUCUUUCCUACUGGCCUCACUGGCCUUCUGCCUUUCCAUAUCUGCCAUGGGAGCAAUGAUGCUGGCAUUUGUCACGGGCACAUACGCUGUGUUAAUGCAUUCCUUGAAUCUUGCCAUUGCCAAUUCUGUCAUCGGAUUGUGCUUCUUCAUCCCCCUUUUUUUCGUAAGUAUCGGAUGUUCACAAUAUUUGCACGAAAUGUGGAGCAUAGGUUUGUCUUGGUUUUUUGAAUAUGUGCUUGAAUAUGUGCUUUUCUUCCUGUUGGGGAUUUGCUGCUUCCUGUUGUGGAUUGGCUGCCUCCUUCCUUUUAUUUGUUACUUCUUGUGCGGAUUAUGUUAUGUAGCUCUUAAAGACCUCUCUUUGCGUCUUAGAAGGUCUCGAAGGAGCAGGAAUGAUGCAGAUCAAUCAACAGCAAGUUAAGCUUUGUGUUUCAGUUACUGUUGAUGGUUACUGCAUCAUCAACUACAGUCAUAUUUACUAUUUACUCAGCACUCCAGCAAACUACCUGUCGUUCUUAAUGUUUUAGUUCUGUUAGUACUUUCAGUUGUCACACGUGCAGUGCACGUGAUGGAUUAAUCCAGGUGUCCAUUUCCUAACGUUC